AUGCCGGUAACAGCGAGAAGUAAAGAUGAUUUACUUCAACAAAGUUUUCUUGCCUACAAGAAGGACGUGUCAGCACAGAAUGAUAUUCAUUUAUUCAAUCGAACAUAUUGGCCUACGGACGCUAUAGAUUGGUACACUAAAGAUAAAUUUCUCUUUCGUCUUUUCAACCAAGCUUGCCGUACAGAUGACAUUGAUCUCUUAUUCAGUUUUCGAUUUUUCAUUCACGAUUUGCAUCAUAAACUGAAGGAAACCUAUUGUGAACAACAGUUAAAACGUAACCAACAACAAACCAUAAUGGUCUAUCGAGGUACAAUCAUGUCAAAAGAUGAAAUUCAGAUGCUCCUGGCGCCCACCAGCGAAAAGAAACUUAUCUGGUUUACUACAUUCGUAUCAACUAGCUUGAAGAAAGUAGCUGCUGAGAAGUUUGUAUGUAAAUCACUAACUAAUGAUCAAGUUAGUGUACUGGAAGAAAUACAUAUUGAUAACAAGACAGAUAUGUCAUCGGUACCAUUCGUUAUUUUAUCUGAGUCAGAUGAAGAAGGCGAAAAUGAAGUUCUGCUGUCAAUCGGAAGUGUUUUCGAAUUAGAAUCAAUCAAUGAAACAGUAAGUCGGAAAUUCGAUAUUGCUCAACGAGAAUAUCUUAUGAACAAAAACCAAUAG